UAAAAAUGUAUGUAUCAAACAUGACUUAAAAGAAAUUUGACUUUGCAGUGUAACAUUACUAAACCCAGUGGUGUCUUAGGUAAACCUGAUGCAAUCAGCCAAGUUGCAUGAAGUUGCAUGAAGUGUGUUUGAGAUAGAAAACUGUAAGUACCUGGACUACUGUCUUAGAUGUUGUAGAAAUAUGGCUGAGUCAGGUUAAUUGCCCAAACAGUUCAGAGAAGAGCUCACUGUUUUACACUAAAAGAUAAUAAAAUAGAUAGAAAAGGCCCUGAAUGUAUCAAGAGAUGCAGCUGGAAAUAUACUUCACAAGUUUAAGAGGAAGGUGCCUCCACCACCUAGGCAUUACUAAAAGAGGAAGCUGUUAAUGACUGUCGUCGAGGAGGCGGUUGACCAAAGCCCCUUGCUGACCGCCAAAGUCGUGUAGCAAGACUUGGUGGCAGCAACCACAGAGGUUUUAGUUACCAGGAAAAGACACAUAAUAAACACUGAAGGGUUUCCUGCCUGAACUUCAGGCAAGAAGUAUACCAACACUGACAAAAAAACAAAAAGAAAAGUCCACUCCAAUUUCCACACAACUUUGUAAAUAAACCAAAGGGUUUUGGACGUUCUGUUCUGUGGAGCAAUGAGUUAAAACGGGAUCUUUUCAGACCUGCAGAUCAGAGGUACGGCUUGUUACACUGAAACAUUGCAUUGACUCAGUGAUGCUCCGGGGUUGCUCUGCUUCCUCUGGUACUGGGAAACUGCAGUAUGUGGUUUGUAAGAUGGAUUCAGUCAAGUACCAGACCAUCUUUAGGAAAAAUGUGGUACUACCAAUGAGGAAGCUCAAGUUUGGGGAUCAAUGGAAGCAGAAGGAUCCAAAGCAUAUCUCAAAAUCAGUCAAGACUUGGUUUCAGAAGAAGCCAAGGAAAAUAAAGUGACCCUAAUGGUCGCCUCUCGCCUGAAUUAAGAAUAUGAAAGAAGUGGAAAGGAGUAGGCUAAGAUUCUCCAGGAAAGCUAUGAAUCAUGAAUGGAGAAGUCGAUAACCAAAAUUGUGCUGUACUAAGUAAGAAAGAUGCUAUUCUGAUGGAGGAAUGUAUUAUUUGUGAAACUGCAGUAGUUAUUGAAAACGGCAUCUUGUGUUUAAUUGUGAAACCUCCCAAUGCAAAUUGUUUCUGCUUGGUCUGUUCAUGGGGAAACAUACAUUUUGGCAGGUGACCUAGUUUCCAACAGAGGUUGAGACUUCAUUUGUGUCCUUCCACAGAUUGUAUCCAAACCCUCUCAUCAUCCUCCAACCGGGAAGAUUGCCACCGGCCUGCGCCUCACAGCUGUUGCAGCUUGUUUUGACUGUAGCUCUUUACCUUGCUGUGUCAUAACUCGCAAUUAUCUCAGUCGACAAACCACAUUCAGGGUGGAAGUCAGCAAACAUGGGGUGAGCUUGACCGCAUAUCUUUCCCAACGGGAAGUUUGCUUCACCAUCCAUCUGCUUCGCGGUAAAGGCAUCAAUGAACUCAUGUUGUCAACAAGAAGAGGUGUAAGAGCUUUUCCAUCUUUUGUUUAGCCAGUGUGUCUGAGCGACAUCACAAACAGCUUUCAUUUCUCACAGCAGCAGAUCCCCGGCAUGUGCAGAGUCAAAUAAGCAAAGUGAGGAAGCAGCUCAGUCCUCUGCCGCCUCUCAACAGGAAGAAACAGCUUCUGAACUGUGACUUGCCAAAACCUUACCACCUUUUAUCUUCAGUACCUCUUUAAGAGCCAAGACAUCUUUUGUUCUAAGGAGUCUACGGAAAUAUGCUCUGCAUGCCGCUAGAAAGGGGGAACUAGUGCUCAUUCUCCUUAUGCCGCCCCUCCUCUUCUGAGGAACAAGAUCCCCUUCUAAACCCAACCUCCCCUAACCUCUCUACUUUUCAUGUUGUCUGCUUGGUUUUAUUUUGCCACAAACUGCUUGGAUGAGUGCAAGCGGUUCUCAGUGUGCGGACGGCUUGCUGAGACAGGACGUACAGCGUAAGGUCCUUGCUGGUCAUGGGAUGCUGCAGCGUGACUCAGAGGCAUACGGGAGUGGACGAAGUGGGUCCAGAUGAAAUUGAACUGCUGGAACUCUCUGGAGACAAUUUGGGAGUAUGGAGUCUGAGCGAAAACAGAGUUCAGCUGUCGGUGAGGAACAGCAGAGAUGAGCAGCAGCUGGCACCACAGCCGCCGUGUAAAGCCUCAGUGCGACACCUGGAACAGGAGGUGGUGCUGUGGGGCAGGACCAGAGAUGAGCUCCACCACAGGAUUUACUCUCAGCAGCCGAUCAGGGGCUGGGAGGGCCAACCCGCUCAUGUUUACGGAGAGGUCAUCCACUCCUCUGUGGUGUCUCUCUACAACAACUAUUCAGAGGAACAAAGUGAACGGUUCUUGUUGUUGUUCCCUUUUCACCUUUUAAUCCUCUCUCUGGAUCACUCCCAAGAAGACUUCAUUUACGAGGGUAUACUUCCUGUUUCUGGCCUGUCUGCUAGAGGCGUAUCCCUGCAGCUGGAUGCGUCACAUCCAACACACAUGUUUGAGAUCACCAGUGCAAUGGUGGACUCCAAGGUGUUUACAUGUGCCAGUGCAGGAGAGUCACAGAGAUGGAUUCAGCACAUAGAAGACCGGAAAUAUGAGUCCAUGAUGCAACCCAUGAGUCCCUCCCAGUGUGCUCUUUCUUAUCUUCUGCCUUGUGAUGAAAACUGGAAAAGAGAGGAGCUGAAGAAAUAUGUAAUGCAGGCCCCUAUAUGGAACUGGGAGGGCUCACCCAUACACCACAUGGGUCAGCCUGGACACACCUCCAUUGUUCACAUCAUCAACACUCAAAGACAGGGUCUCCAAGAAAGACUGAUGAUUCUCUUUCCUCAAGAUCUCCUGCUGCUUUCUGUGGACAGUAAGCGGCUGCAUAUAAAAUAUGAGGGCAGGUUGGCUAGACAGAGCAUCAAAGCAGUGGAGCGCUCAGCACUUCCUGGACGCUUAGAGUUUGAACUAAGAGGGGAGCUGCUGGAGACGCUGCAGGUCUCCUGCACCUGCGUGGAGGAUUAUCAGGCCUGGAUUUUUUAUCUGCAGCAGCCAGACAGAGACAGCCACAUUAUUAUGAGUCAGCCGCCUCCUCCCUUAGUGCCAAAGCUGCAGAGGAACAGGAAGGAGUCCCAGGAGCCGAUUUUAGCAGGCGACCAGUGUCACAUCAACGGCAGGAGCUGACCUGCAGGUCUCAGGAAAAUCUUUAAAACGGGACUGUUCAAUAUAAGUCCAAAUCAACUUUUAGAUAAAGUAUUUAUUACUUGGAUGUUUGCCAGAAUAAGGGUGGAAAGUUCUUGUCCUAAUUUAGAUAUAAUUCGCUGAGUUGAUUAUUUGUAAAUACCGUAAAAGAAAGGUUUUACGGUACUAUUUCAUGUGUGAACAGACUGAAACCAGGUCAUGACCUGGUUUUAGAGGAGAGAAUGUAAAUAUAUAGAGCAGAAAGCCAGGGCUGGAAAUAUUGUACAUUUAUGUAUGUAGAACUUUACUAAUAAACAGUUUUCAAAUAAAGACUCACUUACUGAGCAUUAAA